GCUUCUAAAAAAACAGUGGCCUCUCACGUGCCUUUUGCAGAUCUAUGUUCUACUCUGGAGCGAAUACAGACGUGUAAAUCUCGUCCGGAGAAAACCAAGUAUUUCAAGGAUUUUCUGGAUUCCUGGAGAAAAUUCCAUGAUGCUCUCCAUCGGAAAGAGAAAGAUGUCACGGAUUCUUUUUACCCAGCCAUGCGACUUAUUCUUCCCCAGUUGGAAAGAGAAAGGAUGGCAUAUGGAAUUAAAGAAACUAUGCUUGCAAAGCUGUAUAUUGAACUGCUUAAUUUACCAAAAGAUGGAAAAGAUGCUGCAAAGCUUUUAAAUUACAGAACACCUAGUGGCUCACGUGGAGAUGCUGGAGAUUUUGCAAUGAUUGCGUACUUUGUGUUAAAACCUAGGAGCCCGAAACAGGGCAGACUGACAAUAGAACAAGUCAAUGAACACUUAGAUGCCAUAGCUAAUAAUAACGCUGCUAAAAACAAGACUCUGUUAAAGAAAAGUCUCCUUCAGUUAAUUACUCAGAGCACAGCACUGGAACAGAAAUGGCUCAUCCGGAUGAUUAUAAAGGAUCUAAAGCUUGGUGUUAGUCAGCAAACUAUUUUUUCCAUUUUUCAUCCUGAUGCUGCUGAAUUACACAACGUCACAACUGAUUUGGAAAAAGUUUGCAGACAAUUGCACAAUCCCUCCGUCUCACUUAGUGAUGUUUCUAUCACAUUGUUUUCUGCCUUUAAACCAAUGCUUGCUGCUAUUGCUGAUGUCCAGCAAAUCGAGAAACAAAUGAAAAACCAGUUAUUCUACAUAGAAACUAAGCUGGAUGGUGAACGUAUGCAAAUGCACAAAGAUGGAGAUGUGUAUAAAUAUUUUUCCCGAAAUGGAUUUGACUAUACUCAGCAGUUCGGUGCUUCUCCCCUUGAUGGUUCAUUAACACCAUUUAUUCAUAAAGCGUUUAAGAGCAAUAUACAAAAUUGCAUUCUUGACGGUGAAAUGAUGGCUUACAAUCCUGAGACACAAAGUUUUAUGCAGAAGGGAAGCAAGUUUGACAUAAAAAGAAUGGUGGAGGACUCCGAUCUGCAGACCUGCUUCUGUGUGUUCGACGUGUUGAUGGUUAACGAUCAGAAGUUGGGGCACGAAGUACUAAGCAAAAGAUACGAAAUCUUGAGCAGCGUGUUUACCCCAGUAACGGGCAGGAUACAUGUUGUACAUAAAAAAAAUGCCAGUAAAAGAAAAGAAGUAAUUGAUGCUUUAAAUGAAGCAAUAGAUAACAGAGAGGAAGGGAUUAUGGUGAAAGAUCCCAUGUCCACCUACAAGCCUGACAAACGUGGAGAAGGCUGGUUAAAAAUCAAGCCAGAAUACGUCACUGGGCUCAUGGAUGAACUAGACCUUUUAAUUGUUGGUGGUUACUGGGGGAAGGGCUCACGUGGUGGAAUGAUGUCUCAUUUUCUGUGCGCUGUUGCAGAGACGCCCCCUCCAAAUGAAAAACCUACCGUUUUCCACUCGAUUUGUCGUGUUGGCUCUGGCUAUACUAUGAAGGAAUUGUAUGAUCUGGGUUUGAAGCUGGCUAAACACUGGAAGCCCUACCGUAGGAAGGACCCUCCCUGUAACAUUUUGUGUGGCACUGAAAAACCUGAAAUGUACAUCGAGCCUUGCAACUCUGUCAUAGUUCAGAUCAAGGCGGCUGAGAUUGUUGACAGCGAUAUGUACAAAACUGACUGUACUCUGAGGUUCCCCCGAAUUGAGAAGAUAAGAGAGGACAAAGAAUGGUAUGAGUGCAUGACUUCAGACAUGUUAGAGGACCUCAGAAGCAAAGCAGAAGGGAAGCUGGCAUCUAAGCACCUUCAUAUAGAGGAGUAUGAUGAGCCACAGGAGAAAAAAAGGAAAACUAUAUCAAAGGUGAGGAAGAUAAUUGGUAUAGCUGAGCAAUUUAAAGCUCCUGAUCUUUCUAGCAUAAACAAGGUUUCAAAUGUAUUUGAAGAUGUUGAGUUUUGUGUUAUGACAGGGACAGGAAUGUGCUCCAAGUCCGAACUGGAAAGCAGAAUAGCUGAAUGGGGCGGCAGCGUGGUGCAGAACCCGGGGCCAGAGACUUACUGUGUCAUUGUAGGAGCUGAGAAUGUCAGAGUGAAAAACAUCAUUGCUUCCAACAAAUACGAUGUGGUGAGGGCAGAGUGGCUCCUUCAGUGUUUUCAAACCCAAACGCUGGUGCCUUGGCAGCCAGCCUUUAUGAUCCACAUGUCUCCUGACACAAAAGAACAUUUUGCUCGUGAGUAUGAUUGCUACGGGGACAGCUACACAGCAGAUGCAGAUGUUGCCCAACUCAAGGAAGUGUUCUCCAGAAUGAAAGACACUAAGGUGAUGCCUUUGGACAUGAUUGCAGAGUUAGAAGAACGUUAUGCAUGGAACAGCUGUCAGCUCAGUAUAUUCAGAGGAAACACUGUUUAUGUGGACUGUUAUGCUGUCAUUAAUGAGCCUGGAACCAAAAUCAAUGGAACAAUACUGUCAAUUAGAGCUUUGGAGCUCCGUUUUUAUGGUGCAAGAGUAGUCUCUCACCUUGAAGAGGGUGUAUCCCAUGUUGUUAUAGGAGAAGAUCAUUCCCGGGUAAAAGAGAUAAAAGCACUGAGGAGAACAUUUGGGAAGAAGUUUAAAAUCGUGUCUGAGCUGUGGGUAACACAGUCAGUGGAGGAAGGAGUCCUAAAGAAUGAAAAUGAGUACUUAAUUUAA